GCGAGUUUGAAACAACUCCCUCUGCCUUGGCCUUCCACGCAUUGUCACUGGAUUUUCUAGGCGCGUGUGUCCUGCUCUCUUCCUCCUUUGCCUUUUGCUUUCCAGCUCUUGCUUCUGAUCCUUUCUUCUUUUAUUUUUCCCCCCUCUCUCUCUCUCUCUUUUUUUUUUGCUUUGAUUUCUCCCUCCCCCUUUUGGGCUUCCCCAUUGUCCCCCCAGCCUCUGGCAUGAGUUAAACACCAGCGAUGGACACCAAACAUUUCCUGCCACUGGAUUUCUCCAACCAAGUCAAUUCCACCUCCCUGAACUCCCCAACCAGCCGGGGGCCCAUGGCUGCACCUUCCCUCCAUCCAUCCAUUGGGCCGGGGAUUGGCUCCUCGCUGGGCUCAGCGGGCCAGCUCCAUUCCCCCAUUAGCACCCUCAGCUCCCCCAUCAAUGGCAUGGGCCCUCCCUUCUCCGUCAUCAGCUCCCCCAUGGGACCUCACUCUAUGUCAGUCCCCUCAACCCCCAACCUGGGGUUUGGAACCGGCAGCCCACAGCUCAAUUCUCCGAUGAACCCUGUCAGCAGCUCAGAAGACAUUAAACCGCCCUUGGGGCUCAAUGGGGUCCUUAAAGUGCCAGCACACCCCUCAGGAACCAUGGCCUCUUUCACCAAGCACAUAUGUGCCAUCUGCGGAGACCGAUCUUCAGGUAAACAUUACGGCGUGUACAGCUGCGAGGGCUGCAAAGGUUUCUUCAAGCGCACGGUGCGGAAAGACCUCACCUACACCUGCCGUGACAACAAGGACUGCCUGAUCGACAAGCGCCAGCGCAACCGCUGCCAGUACUGCCGCUAUCAGAAGUGUCUGGCCAUGGGCAUGAAGCGAGAAGGGAUGGAGCAUCAUCCAUCCCGGCCCACAAGACUUCUGGGAAGGCAGGAAGAACAAGCUGUGCAAGAGGAGAGGCAGAGGGGGAAAGAUCGCAACGAGAACGAGGUGGAGUCGACAAGCAGCGCCAAUGAGGACAUGCCCGUGGAGAAGAUCUUGGAAGCUGAACUUGCGGUGGAGCCAAAGACAGAGACGUACAUCGAAGCAAACAUGGGCUUGACCCCCAGCUCGCCCAACGACCCGGUAACCAACAUAUGCCAAGCAGCGGACAAACAGCUCUUCACCUUGGUGGAAUGGGCAAAGAGAAUCCCCCACUUCUCGGAGCUGCCGCUGGAUGACCAGGUCAUUUUGCUCAGAGCAGGCUGGAACGAACUGCUCAUCGCCUCCUUCUCCCACCGCUCGAUAGCUGUGAAAGACGGGAUCCUCCUAGCUACUGGCCUCCACGUCCAUCGGAACAGCGCGCACAGCGCAGGGGUCGGUGCCAUCUUUGACAGAGUACUGACAGAACUCGUGUCAAAAAUGCGGGACAUGCAGAUGGACAAGACAGAGCUGGGCUGCCUGCGGGCCAUCGUUCUCUUCAACCCAGAUUCAAAAGGUCUCUCCAACCCCGCCGAGGUGGAGGCCUUACGUGAGAAGGUAUAUGCGUCGCUAGAGGCAUACUGCAAACACAAAUACCCUGACCAGCCUGGAAGGUUUGCAAAGCUCUUGCUCCGUCUCCCUGCCCUCCGAUCCAUUGGCCUGAAAUGCCUGGAGCACCUGUUUUUCUUCAAGCUAAUAGGAGAUACACCCAUCGACACCUUCUUGAUGGAAAUGCUGGAAGCACCCCACCAAAUGACUUAAGAUAACCUCUUCUGGGUCCGUCCUUUCACCCAGUGGGGGCCUUCGCAGCCUCCUUCCGCCUCCACCUUUCCUCCUUCUCUUCCUUCUGCCCCCUAAUGCCAGAAACACCGUCUGCUCUUCUCCGUCUGACCCCGGGCAACACCCCGACGCCCUUGCCUUCUCGUCACGUGGACCCUUGCUCAUCUUGUCAUCGCGGCGUCUAAGGAUAAGGAGGGCUCUUCUAAAAUGUUAGCUGUAGAGAAGUGGGGCAGAGUGUUUCGGAUGCCAGCGCUCCUCCCUCCCUGUCACCGACGGGCAUCAGCCUAAGCCGAAGGCCGGGGGUGACGUUCCCCUGCCCGCCCUUGAUGUUGGGCCUGGCUUCUCACCCUGGAGCCCAGCCGCUUGGUGGGAAGUGGGGAUGGUCUUGCUCAUAAGAGCGCUAGGCUGCUGGGGCUGGAUGAGCUUGGGGGAGUAAUUAAUUCUUGCUUGCUCACAGCUGGAUAUUUUCAGAGGAUGGAGUUUUGGAAAGAGAAGAAAAAAAAAGAAAUCUAUUUUUUUGCUUUCUCACUGUUACUCUUCGUAUUCGCUUUUCCUUCUCGAAAGGAGUGGGCCCCUGCUGUCCCCUGACCGAGUCACCUUGGCUCUGCACGGAGCCCUCUCCUUUUCAUUCAGAGCAGGGGAUGGCGGGAUGGAUCUCGCCUCCCUCUUCCACCUCGGUCCCCAAACGGAGAGAUGACUGGUCGCACUGAGAGACUGAGCCCCCCUCUGUGUGUGGAGGGCAGCGCAGGCGGCGGUCGCCCAAAUAGUCUUGCUUUCCUUUGGGGAAAAAGCAAUGGAGCAUCACAGAUUUUUUUUUGUCCCUCCCCUCCCCAAAGAUGACUCUUCCCUCUGUUCUGGAGCUCGCCGAUCCAAACACCAGCCAACUGGAACACGCGGGUCCGGAAGCGGUCGCUUUAAGGUUGCAAUCACUCAUAUCCCUCCCCUCCUUCUGGUUUGUCCCUGCCCCUCCCUUAGCACACGCACGUACAACGCGAGGUGCAUUGGACACGGUGGAACAUGCACAUGCACGCGCUCUCAGCUGGCCCUGCCAACUGGCGGAUGCUAACCUG